AUGCAGGAGGUGCUCUCAACACGCGGUGAGGUUGUGCGGCUGCCGGGGUCCUCGCGGUCAGCAGCAGCAGCAGCAGCAGGAGAAGCAGCAGCAGCAGCAGCAGCAGCAGCAGCAGCAGCAGCAGGAUUUGCUUCAGGAGAGGAGACAUCCUUUAUAGACAGCAGCGGAGAACUGUCGCUCGCCGAUGGGGGCAAUGAACUCUCAUCUUCUUCUCGUGCUGCUGCUGCUGCUGCUGCUGCUGCUGCUGGUGAUGCUGCUGCUGCUGCUGGUGUUGCUGCUGCUGCUGCUGCUGCUGCUGGUGAUGGUGAUGGUGAUGGUGAUGUUGCUGCUGCUGGAGAUGGCGAUGCUGCUGCAGGCGACUCUGCUGCAGAAGCAGCAGCACCAGCAGCAGCAGCAGCAGCAGCAGCAGCAGCAGCAGCAGGAGAAGCAAGUAUACGAGGGUUGCUGUCUGAGCGCCUCAAGAGCCCCGUUCUCGGGGUCAGUGCAGCAGCAGCUUCUGCAGGUGCUCUCAACACGCGGUGA